GUCACCGCCACCGCCACAAAAUGUCAGCAAACAACCGAUAGAUAGACAAACAAACAAAAAAAGUCAAGAACCAAAAAAUAAGAGAAGGGACAAACUUAAGUGUCUCGAGGCUAUGACAAAAUGAAAACGAAACCCUUUGCGAUAGCAGCCAGUGAGAAAAUGAAAUCCGCAAUUUUGUAUCCCUAUGGUCCGUUAACAGGCACAGGAUGCUGUCGGAUGUUACAUGCGAAACAUUUGGCAGUGACCAGUGCCAUAUACACAUUGAACAUUUCAAUACUAAUCGUCCUCAUAUAUGCGUGGCGAAUAAGUGUCAAUGUCAGACGAUCCGGCGAAUUAGAGGACGUCUAUUAUGGUGUUCAAAUAGCCUACUUUGCUAUAAUCGGGACCCAGAUGUCAAUGAUAUUCCUCAGCGUUAUGUUGAUGUUUGGCAUUUACAAGGAAAACCCCGGAUUAAUUGUGCCUUGGAUAAUUGGCUUUAUAACUUUUAUGGCAUUAGAAGCUGUAGCUAUGGUAUAUUCCAAUGUCCUGCGGGAUCAUGUAAAUAAAGUAAGUUCAAAAUACACCAAAUAUUCGCACAAAUAAAAACAAUUGA